AUGGCCAACAAGUUCACAAGAGAAUACAAGCUGGUGGUUGUCGGCGGCGGUGGCGUCGGUAAAUCGUGCCUCACCAUCCAGCUUAUUCAAGGUCACUUCCUUGACGAAUAUGAUCCUACAAUUGAGGAUUCGUAUCGCAAGCAAUGCACCAUCGACAACGAGGUCGCCCUGCUUGACAUUCUAGAUACCGCCGGCCAAGAAGAGUACUCUGCCAUGCGCGAGCAAUACAUGCGCACCGGUGAAGGCUUCUUGCUCGUUUUCGCCAUCAACUCGAGGGAAAGUUUCGAGGAAAUCAGGAUCUACCAGCAACAGAUUCUCAGGGUCAAAGACAGGGACUCUUUCCCCAUGAUCAUUGUCGGAAACAAGUACGAUUUGAGGGGAGAGCGCGUUGUUUCGGAGCAGGAGGGACAAGCUCUCGCCGCCGAGUUCGGUACCAAGUACAUCGAGACCUCCGCCAAGACACAACACAAUGUCGAGAACGCUUUCUACGAUCUCGUCCGCGAAAUCAGGAAGGAGGACAAGAAGCUCGGCGAGAAGGUCGGCGGCACUUCGUUCGCCAACAACAACGGGGCGGUUAAGCAGAUGGACGUUGGCGACGAGGACGUUCAAGCAGGCUGCUGCUCCAAGUGCAUAAUGAUGUGA